AGAUCGUAUAAAAGCUGUAUGUAAUGCAUCGAUCAGUUUCAGUUCUUAAAAUGAAGGUCUUGAUUGCUCUGGUUGUUUUGAUGUCCCUUGGCCCUCUGGCCUCUGCUAUUUUCAAACAUUUAAGUAAUGAGUGCGCAAAAAAACAUGGAGUCACUCCAUAUCUUAUUGAGAACCAUCCCACCAGUAGUCAAGUCAAGUGCUAUUACUAUUGUCAACUAGAAAAGCUCGAAAUACUUGCCAAUGGCGUUAUCAACCCUUUCGAUGUUUCCGUACUUAACGUAACUGAGAAGAACUACCACGAGUACAGUAUAAAGAUUAAGCUGUGCUUGUCGAUGUCACACCACAACAAAUGUGAGCUCGGCUAUAUGGUAUUCCAAUGCCUUAAAAGACACCUCGAAGGUUUAAAUUAAUAAAUCCAUUUGGGGUAUUCCUAUUUUAAUAAAGAGUAAAAAAGA